AUGGCGUCUAACAACGUCGCCCGGAUGGCCACGGCUUUACUUACCGUUCUGUGCUUCCUUAAUUUCUGCGAGGUGCACGAAGUUCUCAUCACGCUUGGCAUGGGUCGUGUUAGCAUGGCCAACUUCCCGGCUACCGUUUCCAGCUACUUCGAUGCGCUCAAUCACCUCUUGGCGUCAGGAAAGGUCACUCUGGAGAGACGUCCUGAGAAAAUUCUCAAGGUCACCGACGCCGUCAUGGUUACUGUGAUCGGGGCUUUAAACAUGGACGAAUUUACUGCCGCGUUCGAUGCGGCUUGCUCACUGAUCUCAGCGUCCUGGCCAUGGUUGACUACCUACAACGCUACCGAUGUUGAGCGCCUGCACGUUGUCCACAGAUACCGUUCCCACAUCGUCGCCCUGCGCAACGUCUUCUUUGACUUUAAGAUUCCUGGAUUUGUGCCCAGCCUAGGCUUCUGUGCCUUGCUUCACGAAGAGGCUUGGCUGGAUUCUAUGCAAACUACGAUUGCCGACAUGCAUUUGGACUGUGUUCGAUGUGAUCUCCGUCUGGCGAAAUUCAUCCUCCGCAAACGCCGCCAAGAUGACGACACUGACCCGACCUGCAAAGAUCAGUAUGAUAAGCUUCGCAUGAACCAGGCCCGGUUCGAGGGUAUCACGGCCUCCAUGAUCGGCAAGGAGGGCAAGGCAAAGGAGAAGUUACAACUCUGGCUGAGUCUGCUCACCUUCCGGACCCUAGCCCCCAACAGCCUCCCGGAUGACUCUAGGACCCUGCCGUUUGCCUAUGUGGAGGUGGGAAUGAGCAAACUACGGUGCGGAACUACGGACGAGUCCGGCGCUUUCGCCGAUUUCCAACUGGCUAUAAACGAGGUCGACAAGCAGAGGGGCGUAGGAGCGGACGCUCUCAAAUACAUGCUGCCACACGUCAUCUCCGCGCUGUUUAUCACCCACUAUCACCACCCCGUUGCGCAGGCUACGUCAAUCUUGGAUAAGCUCCUCAGCGAGCGCGGCCAAUUGCCCGAUCUGAUUUUCGACGAUAUGACAUCCUUGGAAACCGGAAUAGUGCUCUUCGCGAAGGGUGCGGUGACCUACUUCCGCCCUCCGAACACGAUCCCCAGUGCCGAGGUCAUCAAGGAAGCGCUGAAAUUCUUUCGGCGGGCCGUCACGGUCCUCGAGCAGACCCACGGACAUGAAGCAAUCUGGACUCUCGCCGCUACGUACCGAAUGGCAGUCUGUCUCUUUGACCUCGGCCGGUACGAGGAGUCAAUCGUGCACUUCGAUACGCUCAACCACGUCUACCGGGCCUAUACGAAGGAGUUCAGGGAGCACGAUGGUUCGGACAUCCUGUGGCAGAAGGCACGUGUGCUGUGGAAGAGCGGCCGGGCGCUCCUGGCGCUGGGUGACGAGGCUCAGGAGCUCGAGGCUCAGCAGAUGCUCGAUGAGGCAGUGCAGAUGCACUGGGAUAUCAGCGGCACAGUCGCCGACCACGAGAGCAUGACCGACGCCAGUUGGGACUCGAAGGUUUUCUUCCUGUACCGUUAG